AAAAGGCAAUCCCUCUCCCAACCUUGUCUUGCUACAAAGGCCUCCCUCCAUCCCUCCCCUGUACAUACAAGAAAUCCAACCCUGUCCGUACAAUUCUCUCCACACCUUUGGUUUUUUUUUUUUUUUCCUCUCUGCAAAUCUUCUAUUUUCUUCGACCAAAAUACUAAAAAUAAAUAAAUUAAAAACGAAGAAAUGGGGGCUGGGCGAGAAGUUGCAAUAUCACUAGAUGGAGUGAGGGACAAGAACGUGAUGCAGCUGAAGAAGCUCAACACUGCUCUCUUCCCUGUUCGUUACAACGACAAGUACUACGCUGAUGCUCUCGCUUCUGGCGAAUUCACCAAGCUUGCAUAUUACAGUGACAUCUGUGUCGGAUCAAUUGCCUGCCGGCUGGAAAAAAAGGAAGGUGGGGCUAUCCGAGUGUACAUUAUGACAUUGGGUGUUUUAGCACCAUAUCGUGGGCUAGGCAUUGGUACGAAGCUAUUGAACCAUGUUCUUGAUCUCUGUUCAAAGCAGAACAUACCAGAGAUUUACUUGCAUGUUCAGACAAACAAUGAAGAUGCCAUCAACUUCUAUAAGAAAUUUGGAUUUGAAAUCACAGAGACAAUCAAGAACUAUUACACAAACAUUGACCCCCCUGACUGCUUUGUUGUUACCAAGUUCAUCACUCCAUCUCAAGUGAAGAAAUAACAGUUCACAGCUAGUACUGUUCUCAGGAGUUAUUGGUUAUUGUUGUCUUAUUGGAUUUUAUUAAUUUAUAUACUUGGGGAAUAUUUUGAUGAUAAGGAUGCUGUAAAGCAUUAGUGACAUGAGUUAUGGCAUUAAUGAGAUGAGUUAUGAUCGGUUUAUCUUUGUGUCCUA